AUGUCUCAACAAGGCGAAACUAUUGUCGUCGUCGGUGCUGGCGUCAUAGGACUAUCUACGGCCCUUCGAGUCCAAGAAAAAACUCUUUCUCAGAGCAAUCCACCAUCCGUUGUUAUCAUCGCAAGAGAUUUCCCCAACGAGACGUCCAUAAACUACGCUACACCAUGGGCUGGCGCGCAUUAUCGACCAUGCCCAGGGAAUACACCUCAGUUACUCCAAGAAGCGGUAUGGGCAGAGAAGACAUACGAUACUCUAGACAGUUGGUCUGAGAAAGACAAACUUGCCGCUGGCGUCGAAUUCAUGCCCGGAGAAGAGUUCUUCGAAGCCCCAAGGCCUGAAUAUGUCGAUGCUGCCAAGGAUGUAUCACAGUCGGUGUACGCUCACCUCAAAUCGAGUUUUGAGCUUUUCAGCAGCAGUGAAUUGAGUGCUAUGGGUGACUCCCUGCAACUGGGCUUCCGUUACCGGUCAUAUUCUCUCAAUAGCCCUUUAUAUGCUUCGUUUUUACAGCGCAGAUUUCAGAACAGAGGAGGCAGCGUAAGAAAGUACAUACUUGCAUCACUGGAAGAGGUCUUCUGGAUCGAAAACUCUGUCAAGGCUGUGAUCAACUGUUCAGGCAUGGGGUUCGGUGACCCGAAAGUAUUUCCCAUUCGCGGCCAGACAUGCCUUGUGCGGAACCCGAUCUCGAAGACCAUAACACGCCAAAACUCGGAUGGGUCUUGGUCGUUCGCUAUUCCUCGACCUUUAGAAGGCGGAACUAUCAUUGGAGGCACCAAAGAGCCUCAUAAUUGGGACCCUUACCCUUCAGCUGAUACUCGACAAACUCUCUUGUCCAAUGCAGCCAAAUGGUUCCCUUUCGGCAGUGAGUCCGGUCGCUUCGAUGUCGUCAGAGACAUUGUUGGUCGUCGGCCAGCGCGUGAAGGUGGCCUUCGCCUAGAACUGGAGCGUUUUAAGCCUGGGGUCGUCGUUCAUGCGUAUGGUGUUGGCGGUAGAGGUCUUGAGCUAUCAUGGGGCAUUGCAGAUGAGGUUGUUAGCUUGCUUCAAAAGCAAGGCUACUUUUCGCCUCGAGCGCAUUUGUAG